UUGUUUCACCUUAUAGGGGAGCUGCGCUAUAUUAUAUAUACAGAGACAAGCACCCAAAAAGAUCAUUCAACUUGAGCAUUUUUCUUCUUCAUUUUCAUCUCUUUAUUUGUUUUCUGCCUUCCUUCAAUCCAAGUUUACCAGGUAAAAAUGAGUGAUGAUCAGGUAUCCCAACAUAGACGCGCCCCUCGCUUGAAUGAGAGGAUCCUCUCAUCAUUGUCCAGGAGGUCUGUUGCUGCUCACCCUUGGCACGAUCUUGAGAUUGGACCUGAAGCUCCAAAGGUUUUCAAUGUUGUCAUUGAGAUUUCAAAAGGUAGUAAAGUCAAAUACGAGCUUGACAAGAAAACUGGUCUCAUUAAGGUUGAUCGUGUCCUAUACUCAUCAAUGGUGUACCCCCAGAACUAUGGCUUCAUUCCUCGGACAUUAUGUGAGGAUAAUGACCCCAUGGAUGUACUAGUCCUCAUGCAGGAGCCUGUCCUCCCAGGUUGUUUCCUUCGAGCUAGGGCCAUAGGUCUGAUGCCUAUGAUUGAUCAGGGUGAGAAGGAUGAUAAAAUAAUUGCCGUGUGCGCUGAUGAUCCAGAGUAUCGGCACUACACUGAUAUCAACCAGCUUGCCCCUCACCGCCUGGCAGAAAUCCGCCGCUUUUUUGAAGACUAUAAGAAGCUUGAGAACAAGGAGGUUGCUGUUAACGAGUUCCUGCCUCCAAAUACUGCUGUCGACGCCAUCCAGUACUCCAUGGACCUUUAUGCCGAAUACAUAUUACAGACACUGAGAAAGUAGUUGGAUGUUUUAUGGAGCAUUCUACCAAAGUAUUAAUAUUAUUGGAAGUGAGACUGUUGCAAGUCAUUUGUAUGAUUUAGCUACCGUGGCAAUUUGCUGAGGAUCAUCCUCCGCUGCAGCUAGAAUGUUGUGUUUUUCUUUUCAUAAUUUUCUUUUGUAUUUAUUUUUGACAGUUUGGUGGGAAAAGGGGUAAUAUAUUAUUACAGAAUUAACAUAUUCAAUAUCAUUCCAUUCGGGACAUGAAUCAAUGUUUGUACUUCUUGCUGGUGCUGAUCUAUUAUGUUCUAUCUUCGGUUGCAUGUA